GAGCUAAUGUACUAACAAAUCAUAGCAUUUUAAUAUUAUUCUCAUAGACAAUAAGUGAUAUGACUACACAACUAUUUCAAGUUGUUCUAACGCAAUUCCUAAUUAUUAAGGUUAUGGCGUCAUAUGGUUUGCCAUAUUCUCUGAGUCCUUACAUCACAAGAGAAUCACCGCAAAUAUCGCAAAAGCCUUACGUAACAGAACGUGCGUACCACCAAAACUAUCCACCAAACUACGCUCAUCCUGUGUACAAGAAAUCUGAACCAGUUUUACUGCAAGUCGUCAAUGCACCGAGAACACCAGACGUGACAAGUAUCAAGACUAUUCCAGCACCAAAUAAUUUAGAAUUACCAAACAAAUGUUCGGGAAACUUGGACUCUCACGUGCUUAAUAAUUUAGCUAUCGCUUUGCAGCUUUUAAUUGUUAACAAUAUUAUAAACAACCCGCCCCCUGAACCGAAUCACCUGGCUAUACCUUUAGCGGAAACGAUGCUGGAAAUGGCACUACCUUUAAAUAAACUAAACGUCCAAGAUCAUGAAGUACCAUUUCAAAUGCCGAACUCCAAGUUUUUAGGUUCUUCAAAUUUUGGCAACGAUGUGAUGUCUAAGGGAAUAAUAGGAAUAGGUUCGUUAGGAUCGCACUCAGCUUCACCGUUUUCUAGAUCCGGUAUCAACCUGAUGUCACCUUACGAUGCCAUCGCAAACAGCGUUCCGCUGUCGGACGCCAUCACCUCAUCCUAUUUGUCUAAAAAAGAUUUCCAAAGUCCGUACGCCGCAAUAUUGGCGGCAGAUUUGAAUAGAGACUUAUUCUCCAUGGAUUUCUUUUGAAGUUGUGUGUUAUCUAGUCGAUAAUUUAAAUAUUUAUUGAAACGCAUUUAAUGUUGUUAUUCAAAUGUUAAUUAAAGUAUUGUUGUUUAAUUUA